AAGCCCCAUCCAAUCAUUCCUUGUAACCGUUGGGCUAAUGAUAAAAACGUUAAAAAAAUUAAAAACAAGUUAUAGAGAUCCGAGCCACCACCACAACCGCAGUUCCAAAACCUCACCACCAUUCGCCACCACUCACCGCCCCUCUCUACCACUGUCUCUCUAUCCCCCUGAAAGCACUCACCUUGAAUCACUUCCAAUGGCAGAGAUAAUCCCAAAAGAAACAGCCCUCCAAGCCCUCAACACCAUCAUCCAACUCCACUUCGAGAAGACCCUGGAGAAGAAAAGAGCUGUCGACCUCCAAAAGAAGGAGCUUUGGAAGCUCUUUCAGCUCUUCUUUAUCUUUCUCUCUCUCGUCUUCCUCGCUCAGACCCAGUCCCCACGCCUCCAGUGCCGCCACUGCUGGGUCCCAAUCAUUCUCCUCUCCUUCACCCACCUCAUCUUCUAUGUCUCCGUCGCUCAGACUCUCCGCUGCAUCAAUGGCUUCAAGUACCAGCGCCGUUGCCACAAGCUCACUCUUGGCCUCGCCACUGAGCGCCUCCGGCAGAUCAAGAUGAGGGCCAGUAGUGGAAACGAUGAGGGUGACGUGGUCGGCGAUGACUUUGAGAUUCAUUAUCAGGAGCCACCCGAGGCCUACUUUGGUAAGUUCAAGAGGAACUGGGCUCUGCAUUUUGGCUUCUUGAUUUUGAUGUAUGGAUUCAUGGUGGCUUCUUCUGUUGUUAUUCUUUGUUACUAGUGUUUUACGACUUGUGGGUGAUGGGUUGGAGGAAAAUGAUAGAAAAUAUUGUUGGGUUUUAGUUGUUGUUGAUUGGGAAAGUCUUAGAAGCUUUCAUUUUCAA